AUGAACAAUGGGAGUCCUGCGCCGUCUCCGACGCUCCAGGGCCCGCCGGCCGGCCAUGUGCCUAACUCUCCCUCUCUCACUUCGAGCUUCUCUGUCGACACCUCUUCCGCAUACGACCCCGAUGCUCCCAAGUACUUUUUCCAGGAAAAAUACGCACCCCUGAAUGUGAAGGGCAACUUCUUGACGUUGUGUGCCUGUCCAAAGAAUGUGGAGCUGGGCGAAUGGCUGGCUCAUCAAAUUGUUGAACAAUAUCGCUUGCUCCACGGCAUGCUCCAAGUGAUCCAGGAGGUCAACAGCCUCACAGGGCUUCCAAUCUGCAAUGAAAGCACUUGCCCCACCAUGUCCGCUGGUCGUUUGACAUAUACAUGGCUUGUCGAUGGCCGAGCAGCCAAAAUCUCGGCCCCCAAGUUCAUCAACCGGGUCGAAAAAUGGAUCGUUAGCAAGAUCCACGACCCGGUCAUGUUCCCCACGGAGAAAGUUACGGGCAUGCCGGAGACAUUUACGAUCAACGAAGUUGGAGGCGCUAGCGCUACUUCGGGUGAGGAAUGGAUCGGCAAGUCCAGCGGCUUCCCGCAGACGUUUUACAAGGAUUGUCAAGGCAUCAUGAAGCAGAUGUUCCGCUGCUACGCCCACCUUUACCAUGCGCACUGGUUAAAUCCGUUCUGGCACAUCAACAAGCACGACAUUUUGAACAUGUGUUUCGUCCACUUCGUCACCGUGGCCAAGUACUACAAGCUGGUCUCCGACAAGGAAAUGGAGCCCAUGCAGCCACUGAUUGACUUGUUCAUCAAGCAACAGAGGAUUCCCCCCGAGGCCCUUUCUGGGGGACACUGGGGCCAACAACAGCAGGCCUCUAGCUGA